AUGUUUAGAGAUGGUUAUCAAACCACUGGCUGCUACAACUUGGACUGCCCUGGCUUUGUUCAUACCAGUAAUUCAAUUGCAUUAGAUGUUGCCCUUUCACCAGUUUCUACCUAUCAUGGUGCUCAACAUGAAAUCAUCCUACAAAUCUUUAAGGACCCAAAGCAAAAUGUGUGGUGGCUACAACACGGGAAUGACGAUGUAAUUGGUUAUUGGCCUGCUUCCUUAUUUACAGACCUAGCAGACAGUGCUUCACUAAUUGAAUGGGGUGGAGAGAUAAUAAAUAAUGCUCAAGAUGGGCAACACACCACAACUCAAAUGGGCAGUGGCCAUUUUGCUGAAGAACAAGCUGGAGGGGCAAGUUACUUCAAGAAUCUUCAAGUAGUUGAUCAAUCCAACACCUUAGUCCCUCCUGGUGAUAUCACUACCGUAGCUGAGAAGCCGAAUUGCUACAACAUAGUAUCUGGAAAGAGUGAUGAUGCCGGAGAUUACUUUUACUUUGGUGGACCAGGAAGAAAUCCUAAUUGUCCAUGACCAAAAGAUGCAGAAAUCUUGAUAUGCGAGAGGCAGAAUCUUGUUAUGCAUUUGAUCAUCUGAAUACAGAAAUUGAUUACAUUUCUUUAGGCAUUAAAUCAAAUUGUAGAAGGCAAACAAUGCCAAAGCAAUACACAUAUUCAGAAGCAAGAAAAAUCAAACUGUACUACUCUAUUAUCAUCAUAAU